GUUCUCUGCCAUCAUUUUAGUGUCAACACACUUUAGUUUCGGAAAUACUAUUCAAAAUUCUAUAAAUUAUUUACCUAAAACCAAUGGCUGACGUACACCAGCUAAUUGUGACUUGUAUCAUUUACCUGUACCAGAUCUACCUGAUUUUUAGAUCCAUUAAUCCCCUCAAGAAGGACGCCCUGCUGCUUGUCUUACACAACUUUCUGCUCUACUAUGUGAUCAACAUGUUCAAGCGCUUAGCUCAGACUUCGAUGGGCUCUUCGGGACCGGUAAACACCUUUUACUAUGUACCCCUGGUAUACGAGGAAACCGUGAGCUUGGACGCUGAACAGGAUAGCUGGCAUCAGGUGCUGCGGUCCUCCACUUGGCAGUUCUUUGAGACUCUCUUCAGACACCAUUUGGCCCUGCUGUUGUCAUUUAAUAUGGCCCUCAUAGUGCCUCGCUGCAAGCUAGGCUUCAUUAGCACUCUUGUCCUGGCCUCCAACUUCGUGAUGUUCGUCUGCUUCACCUCGGCCAUUUGGCAGCUUCUAAUGUGCAGCGGCCAGGCCAAUGUCAAUGCACUGCGCCUCGUCCUGAUCCUGAGCCUGGGACCCGUGUGCCAAGCGCUCCUGGGGUGUCGUCUCCUGUCCCGCAUGUGGGUUGGCCUGUGGAUUGUUGUUUGAACGAGGGAAUUCGAUUUGCCAGGACACAGCCAGGAGUUAAGCUAGCAGCAGGAGCAGCAAAUCAAAGCAAUAAACCAACUGAACUGGGCUCUAAC